UGCUAUUCUCUGAAUAAAGGAGCACUACUACCAGACUUUGAGAGUCCAAGAAAUCUUUCCUCAACUCGCCUCGCUGAGCCUGCGUCAGCCAUGGCUCUGCGCUUGACCUAGGAGGCUUGGGAUGGGGCCAGCGCUGCACAGAGGGCUGGAGGCUACUGCCCACUAAUGGCAGCCUUCCCUCUUUGCUGCAGCCCUCCCCAGCUCCCAAGCGGCCCAGACCCAGCAGAAGCCGGGGCCCAGGGCUGGCUUGCUGUUAGAAACCUGGAGGAAGGAGUUAAGAAGGCCGGGCUGAUGGCCGCGGAGACAGAGCUGUGUUUAUCCAGGAAAAGAGGUCGUACGUAGGCAACGGAGGCCCCUGCCAGCUCCUCCCAGAAGGACGGAGCUGGGGGAGCAAACUGGAGAGGAAGCUGCUUCCCUCGGGGCUGUGAAUGGCUCCCGGCUAGAGGCCAGGACCCAGCGGCGGCCCACAGAUAAGAGCCUGUGCGCCCCGAGGACCCGGGGAGAAGGGCGCGGCGCCGGACCACCCGCUGUACUUUCGCAGCAUCACCCAUCUCCGGGUCGUCUUCUCUCCUCGCCCUGCCCAGCUCCGCCCAGGUCUCCACCCGAGCCGCUGCUGGAUCUGGACUCUCUCGGCCUCGCGGAAUUCGGACUUUCAUCACCACCACCCACCGCAUGUGGCUCCUGGAGAAAGUUGGCUACAGGGUGGGGACCGCGGAGCCCGGGGCCGGGUGGGCGCUCUCUGGCCUGUUCCCUAAGCGCCGCGCCCCAGGCCCGGCUGCGCGCGCCUGCCCCAACGUCCUCACACCGGAUCGCAUCCCGCAGUUCUUCAUUCCGCCUCGGCUCCCGGACCCAGGCGGCGCCGAGCCCCGGGCCGGGCGCGACUCGGGCGGGCGCGGCCUCCCCGCGGCCUGCUCGCUGCCGCACCUGGCGGGCCGCGAAGGCUGGGCCUUCCUGCCCGAGAGUCCGCACACGCGCCGGCGCGAGUCCCUGUUCCACUCGCCGCCGCCCGCCCCCACUGGGGGGCUUCCCCCGGCGCAGUCCCGGCUGCACUUCUCCACUCCGGACCUGCGCCUCUGCCGGGCCCCUGACAGCGACACGGCCUCGUCACCCGAUUCGUCGCCCGUCGGCUCGCCGCGGCCAGGCUCCGGCGAGCCCCGGCCGCCCAGGCCGCACUCGCUGUCCCCGGAGGAGGCGAGCUCGGCCGACACCAGCCCGUACGCGCCGCGCCGCGCGGGGCCCCCAGCGCUGCCGCUAUUCCACCUCGACUUCUUGUGCUGCCAGCUGCAGCCGACCAAGGACAGCGUGCUGCGCCUCGGGCCCCGGGGCGGGCAGCUGCGGCUCUCGGCCGAGUACCAGGCCGGGCCUGGGCGGCUGCGGCUGCGCCUAGUCAGCGCCGAGGGCCUGUCCCGGUCGCAGGCGGGCCCCGGGAGCGGCGGUGGCGGCUGCUGCGUGGUGCUGAGGCUGCGACCGCGCUGUCGGCCGCGGGGCCAGCGGAGCCGCGUGGUCAAAUGCAGCCCCAACCCCAUCUUCAACGAGGACUUCUUCUUCGACGGGCUCCGCCCACCAGACCUGGCUGCCCGCACUCUGAGAGCCAAGGUGCUGGACAGGGGCGAAGGGUUCCGCAGGGACGUGCUGCUGGGCAAGUGCGAGGUGCCGCUGAUGGCCCUGCUGCCUCUCUUGGGUGGGGAGCUAGGUUCAGGGGCCUCCCUGGCUCCUGCCCAUCUCAGCCUGUAGACUGAGAGACUGUCUCUUCCUCGGAAGGUCUCCAUUGGGUCUGCAGUCGUUCUUUCCAUCUGCCAGACAUGUAUUUAUUUUUGCUCAUAAAAUGUCUGUUUUUCUCUA